GUCACACUGACAGCUGAGACCGACUGCAGCUUCGUCACCUGGCCAAGGAAGAAGCUGUAUCUCCUCCUGAGGAAGGACCGCUAUGUUGCCCGGCUCUUCUCCUCCCACCUGGGCUACGACAUCUCGGAGAAGCUGUACUCCCUCAACGAGAAGCUCUUCGCCAAGUUUGGCCUUCGCUUCGACAUCCGCUUGCCCAGCCUCUACCACGUCCUCGGGCCAACCUCCUCCGAGGGGGAGCCGGAGGACUGCGAGGAGCCACUGCCUGCCUCUGGCCCGGCUGGGGGUGAGCCCCCUCCGCAGCCACCACCACCACCACCGCCGCCGCUGCCGGCACCGCGUCCCCGGGCAUCCCGACCUGACAGUGACCUGCUGGCAGCUUCCAACCUGGGUAAUCACCUUCCAGCUCCCUGCAAAGGACAAGCCCCUCUGGCUCCCACUCAGACCCCCGAACUCUAG